UUUCUUGAAUUAGCAAAUAGAAGUUAAAAUAAAAAAGGAGAUGGAAAAUGCUGGUUUGAAGAUGGCAAUUCUAUUUCUCAUCGCAUCACAAUGCAUCUUACUCUCGAUGGCAUGUGAUACUAAAGAAGACUGCGUGUAUUAUCGAUGCAACGAUGAAUAUGUUCCAGUGUGUUCUGCGAAAGGAUGCACAUGCGUACCAGAUCAAGAAAAUACACUUCUUCAUUGUACGAGUGAUAAAGAUUGUGCAUCUCUUUGUCCUCCAAAAUGUACAGUUAAAUUGUGCAUGAGUGGAGUAUGUUUCUGUAACUGAUACACCACUACUACACAAUUUAAUCAAGGGAAAAGGGUCAAAUAAGCCCCUAAAGUUUAUCAUAUGGAUCAAGUAGGCCCUCAAUGUUCGGAAAGGGUCGACGAGGACCCU